AUGGAGAAUCAACUCCAGCAAGACGGUUUGGUUUCGGUCACGGGAAUCGAUCUUAUGAGAAUUGAUCAAUGCGAGGAGAUCGGUGCGACGCAAUCUCAUGCUAUCUCCGUGCCUGUGGGUGAUGAAGCUCCUCCUGUGAAGCGAAAACGGGGACGGCCUCCGAAGGCACUUGCUAGUAAGACGCCGUUGCAAGCUCUAACACCGCCGGCAAGGAAGGAUGAGAAGGAAGAAGAUGUGUGUUUCAUUUGCUUUGACGGUGGAGACCUUGUUCUUUGUGAUCGCCGGAACUGUCCCAAGGCAUACCAUCCAGCUUGUAUUAAGAGGGAUGAGGCAUUCUUUCGAACAACGGCUAAAUGGAACUGUGGUUGGCACAUAUGCGGUACAUGCCAGAAAGCUUCCAGUUACAUGUGUUAUACAUGCACCUUUUCUGUUUGCAAGCGGUGUAUUAAAGAUGCCGACUAUGUGAUUGUGAGAGGGAACAUGGGUCUUUGUAGCACAUGUAUUAAGCCUAUAAUGUUGAUUGAGAAUAUUUCUCAAGGAGAUAAUGAAGCGGUUAAGGUUGAUUUUGAUGACAAGCUCAGUUGGGAGUAUCUAUUCAAGAUAUAUUGGCUUUGCCUGAAGAAAGAGCUGUCUCUAACUGUGGACGAGCUUACUAGAGCAAAUAAUCCUUGGAAGGAGGUUCCUUACACUGCUCCUAAAGUGGAACCACGAAAUGGUCAUACGCUUAACAAACCUUAUUCUUCAGACAAUUCAACUUUAGAUGUAGCAGUGAACGGAACAAAAAGAAGAAGGACUAGUGAUUCCCCCAUCGUACCUAGCAAGAUAGAUGCCAAAAAUCCAAGUAAUACUCUAAAGAAACUUCCUGGAGAUACAAACUGGGCAACAAAAGAACUUCUCGAGUUUUUGUCGUUCAUGAGAAAUGGCGAUACAUCUGUUGUUUCUCAGUUCGACGUGCAGGGUCUUCUGCUUGAAUAUAUCAAGCAAAAAGAUCUUAGGGAUCCUGCUCAGAAGUCUCAAGUUAUCUGUGACCUAAUGCUUGUGAAGUUGUUUGGAAGAGAGCGAGUGGGUCACAUUGAAAUGCUUAAGCUUCUUGAGUCUCACUUCCUUAUUCAAGAGAAACCGAAAGAUGAGACAAUGACAAAUGGGGAAACUAAUCAUGCUGUUCCUAACCAAAUAGAGGAGGAUAGUGUUCAUGAUCCACCGGUUAGGGGUAGAAGACGGAAGAUGCGUAAGAAAACUGAUGGCGGAGUACAAAACGAAAAUCUGGAUGCGUAUGCAGCGAUUGAUGUUCACAAUAUUAACCUGAUUUAUUUGAGACAUAAAUAUUUAGAGACUCUACUUGAUGAUAUCAACAAACUCCACGAAAACGUGGUAGGUACAAUUUUGAGAAUUAAGGUCUCUGGCGGCGACCAGAAGCUGGAUAUUCACCGGCUCGUUCAAGUUGUAGGUACAAGCAAGGCAGCAGCAUCCUACCAACUUGGCGCAAAGACUACAGAUGUUAUGUUAGAAAUACUAAAUUUAGACAAGAGAGAAGCCAUCUCUGUUGAUCAAAUAUCAGACGAGAAUGUCACAGAGGACGAGUGCAAGCGGCUGCGGCAGAGCAUAAAAUGUGGCCUUAAUAAACGUUUGACUGUGGGUGACAUCUUGAAGACGGCAGCAACACUGCAGGCCAUGAGAAUCAAUGAGGCUCUGGAAACUGAUAUAUUAAAGUUCAAGCAUCUCCGCGAUAGGGCUAGUGAGAAGGGUCAAAGGAAGGAGCUUAGAGAAUGUGUUGAAAAGCUAGGGCUUGUAGAAUCACCUGAGGAACGCCAGCGGCUUAUGCAGGAAGUCCCAGAAGUUCAUACAGAUCCAAGCAUGGAUCCGAGUCAUGCAUCAGCAGAAAAUGCAGGGUUGGGUACGAGGAAACAAGAUACUGAAAUAAAGGCACAAAGUAAAGGCCCGAAGAGAAAAGGGGAUGACAACUUGGGAAAUAAUGCGCAGAAAAAGUAUGACCCUCCAGUUUUGCGGAGCAGAAAUGCCGUGCAUGCUACUAAUAAAGAUGAAUGUUCCACUGUCCACAGCAACUCAUCAGAUAUCCAGGAAAGUAGUAAAGAUGAUGAGGAGAAUGAAAUAUGGCACUAUCGAGAUCCAACAGGAAAGAUCCAGGGGCCGUUUUCUAUGGCACAGCUCCGCAGAUGGAAAUCUAGUGGCCAUUUCCCCACUCAUCUUAGGAUAUCGAAAGCUCAUGAGAACGAAGACGAGUCUGUGCUUCUGACUGACGCUCUUGCCGGACGGUUUGAUAAAGUAACUACUUUGCCAAGCUCCUCUUUACAUCCCCAAGAACCAAGACAGUCUGCGCAUGGCUCUGGACACAUUGGCGUAGAUGUGAACUGUCAUCAAAAUAACCCGUCGCCAGUCAGCACCAGUGCAACCUCCUCUUCGUCUUCUACUGUCAGUGCCGUUCCUAACGAUUCAAAAGAGAAACAAGUUGCGACUCUUGCACCUUGCUCUGCAAAAAUGGAGGAUGGUAAUUCUGUUCGUUCCCAGCCUCAAGUUAGUUGUCCAGCAUCAAUUCCUGUGGUUUCAGGACAUGUGGUUACUCCGGCAGUAAGAGAAACUUCCGGAACUGAUCAAUCCAGUGCUAUGCGGGAAGAUGGAACAAAUGUUGGUUCUGUUUCCAUAAACGGUUCUGUUCAUGCACCAAACCUGAAUCAAGAAAUCCAUUUCCCUGAUUUCCCCACUCGUACACCUAAUUCGAGCCCUGAAGACUUGGACGCUCAAGCAGCAGAGACUAUUCAGUCUCUCUCUUCAUGUGUUCUGGUCAAAGGAGCAUCUGGUGGUGUCACAUGGGGCACCACCACCACAGAUGCUGCAACCACCACUUCAAGUGUUGUGGUCACUGGAGGAGAGCUUCCUCAAGUAACACAGCAUAAUGUUGAUUUAGCUUCACCGUCUGUGAAGCCAUUUGAUUUGGGAGCUGAUCAUGACGCCACAGCAACACAGACAUCUGAUAACACCCACAUGGUUCACUCAUCUGGAUGGCCGGCCAUUGUGGCUGACCCCGACGAGUGGGAUGAAUCCGUUUCAGAUCUAUUAGCCGAAGUUGAAGCAAUGGAGCAGAACGGUUUACCUUCUUCACCCACAUCAUUUCACUGCGAUGAUGAUGACGAUGAUUUGACAAAAGGGCCAGAAAAAGAUUUCUUUAACCCUGUGGCACGCAUGGCCCUCACAUCUGAAACAUGCAGAAUAGAUGUCUCUCAGCCGUUGAUUCUUGACAAUUUCACCUCCGUUAAAAGCUCAACUAGCACAGAAGGAAAAGACAAUACACUCUUCAGCCACUGUGGAACCACUGGUCCUGAGCUCCUGCUCUUUGCACCGUCAGUAACUCAGGACCUGACUCCAACGACAACAGCUCUCAGACUAGGAUCAGAAACCACAGUUGAAGCUUCGGUCGAGAGGUGUUCCAAGUCUGUUCCAGGAGUUGAUUUCGAACCGAGCCCUAGGUCAUCAUCAUCACAUGACUUAGCCCGUGGAAACACCGAGCGCAGUCCACGUGGAAAUGGAAGUCAGCAACGGAGAUCCGGUGGAAACAGUAGAGAGCGGCAAUGUUGGAAUAACGGUCACAACAGUAGCUUCAACAACAAUCAUAAUAAUCGCCAAUGGCCACACAGCAAUAACCAUGGGUAUGACCAUGGAUCAGGUUCUUACAUAGCUCAUCCGCCCAAGGGGCUAAAGAUAUGUAAAUUCUAUGAGAGUGGGUACUGCAAAAAGGGUGCUUCUUGUAGUUUUUGGCACCCCUGAUUCUAAUUUGCUGUAUUUUGUAUUUUAUUUGUCUAUUUAAACACAUCUCAAACAUUCUUUUGUAACACAAUAAUAGUUUAUCUGCCUCCGUUAGCCGCAUGUUUAAGUAAUUAUAAAGCUUUUUAUAUAAAAC